UAUAAUAAGUCUGCCGAUUUGAAAAACGAAAAUCGAAAACCCUAGAAAGACGAAAUUUUGAUCUACGGCGAAAAAAGGGGUAUUUUUAUCAUCAUAAGAACCCUAAUUUGGCUUCGUUUGAUUCAAUCUCUGUUCUCGAAAAGGCAGCUAUCAAUCAUACAUGAAAGGAACCAAGCGUCUCGCCAUAUCAGAAUCCAGUGCAGACACCAACAAUUUGUUUAGUAAAAAAAUUAUGGUAGGAUCUCAAUUUGAUUUUCAACGGGCAGAAUCAUCACAACAAAAAUCAAUAGCAGCUCCAUCAUUGGAUAUGCGUCGGGCUGAAUCAUCAAGACAACAUGUGAGAGCUCUUAAUAACCAAUUUGCAAGUUGGGUUAAUACUCAGUUACAAAACCACCCUGAUGAACUUUGGGAAGAUGGAGUACGUGACUACAUAACUCACUCCUCAAGCAUUCUGGAGAAAUUUAGUGAUGUUGUCAACUGGCUCAAAUCAAAUUCUACAAAGAAAGAAAAUUUGUUAGAACAAGGAUCACAUUCCCCUCAAAAGAAACUUGCUACUGAAAGUAAAGACAAUGAGAACUUAUCAACUAUGAAUGGUCCAACUUCUGGAACAACCCCAAUGUUUGCAACUUCAGGGUUCACAGCCUCAUGGAACACUGGUCCUCUCUUCAACAAUCAAUCUUCUUUUUCAUUUGGUGGACAGAGCUCAAUUUCUGUAAAGCCAGAUGCUUCAAAUGAUGCAGAUGGAGAAGAUGAUGUUGAGCAGCCAAGCAGCCCAUCUGUGAAAAAGACUGAAGAGACUGGUAUCUUGGUUGUGCAUGAAGUCAAAUGUAAGCUUUAUGUCAAGUCAACUGAUUCAACAGAUAAAGAUGCAUGGAAAGAUAGAGGGACAGGUCAACUGUCUAUCAAAUGCAAAGAAGGUGUCACCAAAGGCACUAAAGAAUCCAAACCUACAGUUCUCGUUAGAAAUGAUGUGGGAAGAUUGCUGCUUAAUGCAUUGUUAUAUCCAGGGAUAAAAACAAGCUUGCAAAAGAAUUCCAUUGUCGCCAUUUUUCAUACAGUGGAUGAUAGUGGGAAUGAUGAUGAUAGCAAAGUGGUUGCACGGACAUUCUUGAUAAGGACAAAGAGUCAGGAGGACAGGGACAAGCUUGCAGCUGUCAUUCAAGAAUAUGCUCCUGCAGCUUGAUCUUCAUCUUCAUCUGCCAUUGAUGAUGUCAUCUUCAUCUUCAUCUUCUCACCCAAACAAACUUGGCCCACCAUGAAUGGAAGACUAAUUAUGAACAAGGUAUGGUAUGCAGAAUCGAGGUCAAUUUAUGUACAACUUGGGAAAUUUAUUCUUUGUGUCGUAUAAAAGAUGAGAUACACAGUUGUAGUUCCUAACAUUUUUCUAAAUUUAUCAAAGC